UAAUGAUGAGGCUGAUGGAACCAUUCCUAGACAAGGGCAGAAAUGUUACCACGGACAAUUUCUUCACAUCCCUGUCACUUGCGCAUAAACUUCUUAGCCGGAAAACCACCAUCCUCGGCACAGUCAACAAGAUUCGCCGGGAAAUCCCUCAAUCCACUAGACACAUAGAUCGCAAUGAAUUCACCACUCAGGUGUUUUCAACCACUGCUGCUACGCUGACGGCGUAUGCGCCCAAACGGAAGAAGACCGUCUACAUUCUUAGCAGCAUGCACAGCAUGAUUCAGACUGAUAAUACCACCAAAAGGAAGCCAAACACUGUCACCCUUUACAACACCACAAAGUGCGGCGUGGAUGUGAUGGACCAGAUGGUGCGGGAGUACACUUUCGGCACUGGGACACGGCGCUGGCCAGUUGCAGUGUUCUAUAACAUGAUUGACAUGGCAGCCCUGAAUGCACAUGUGCUGUAUCAAGCAUGCACCGGAAGGCAGGAAAGACGGGUGGACUUCCUGGUGGAGCUUGCAAGAGAGUUGGCUAACUCUCAUAUGUGUGCGAAGAAGGCAAGAAAAGAACAAUUGCUUCGGAUACAACCCUCCACACCUAGCCCUGGAAAAAGAGCCAUGUGUCAGGUCAAACACCAAUGCAAGAACAAUCAUGCCACUGUGCGAUGUGUUCACUGCUACAGAUACACAUGUGGUAAAUGCAGACGGGAGAUACCAUGGCAGUGCCAGGAUUGUGAGUGA